CAGCAUGCCAUUUGCAGCACCAGACACAGUCUCAGAGCUGAACGAGCAGAAAGAUGGUUUUAAUGCUGAGUUAUACGCAAGCAUGGACGUACUUCAUAAACGGGAAAUCCGAAAUCACCUGAGAGAUAUUGUCGAACUGAGACAUAAAGGUACGUACAGUACUGAUGAAACGAUGAUCAGCAAGCUUGAUCAGUUGAGGCAAUUGAUGAAUGUACCUAAGGAAAAAUGGAUCGAACAUUAUGAUGAUGAAAUUAUUGAUGACAUGAUUACCAAUAUGCUAUCCGACAUAAAGCACCUUGAACAAUUAGUUGAAGGUAAACCAAAAAAUAGUGCAGCAGAAAUUCUGGAAAAUGCUUCAGGAGGGUUAGCUUUGAGGGGUAUUCUAGUGGGGGAAGCAUAUCAUGAUGAUUGCAUGAAAUGUGUUGUGCUUAGCACACCAACGGAUAUUAAACUAAUGAAUCCUACAAUGAAACAAAUUGACGGUGCAGUGCACUUCUCCUCCAAAGCACAGUCCGAUCAUUUCCACCAAUCUCUAGAUACAAUGGGAUACAGUGUUGCCUGUCUUGUGAAAGACGGGGGCUGGGGCUUUAAAGCGGAGGCCAGUUUUUCCAAGAUGUUCGAGAAGGCAGAUGAAAAAGAAUCAGAAUCUUACGAACGUACCCAUUUUGAAUCAAGUGUAAAAUAUUCUGUUAUUCCAACUGCUGCUUGUGAGCUGAAUCCACACAGCUUAAAACUAUCCUCACAAGCUUUGGACGAGCUCAAAACCAUUGACAAACUUUUGGUAGGAGACAAAAACCCAGACCUUGUGUACGAAAAAUGUGAGGGAUUUCUUAAAGCAUAUGGGUCACACAUCAAUGCUGGGAUACUUCAUUUCGGUGGGGUUUACCACAUUGCAGCUACAUGCACAAGCGAGUCUAAAUCCGAAGAAGUUAAGAAUAUGGUUCGAGGUGCACUAAGUGCAUAUGCUUCAGCCAGCUAUUUUGGAUUCGGAGCCAGUAUGGAUGCCAAUAACAUAAAACCGACUGACAAUUUAACAGAUAUCCAUGAUGAAUCAGACCAGGCCGAAACCACCUUGCACACUACCAGAAUAGGUGGGCCACAGGAAGUAAGUGCCUUUCCACUGUGGAAAAUUGGUCUUGUGACAUGCAGUAACACCUGGGCUCUUAUAGAUAGAGGAAAGUCGCUUUUCACCGAUCUAGUUGGAAUCUGGAAGCUGAUUCCUAACCAUAAAGAUGACUUCCUAGAACCAGAUGAACUUGAGUCUUCAUUGAUGACAGUAUGGAUGAGCAGUUUUCUUGGAUCCAGUGACCAAGGACGAACUUUCGUAGAAAGUUUUGAUGAAAUAGAUCUACUGGUUGACAGGAUUGGCAAAUGGAAUUCUAAUCCAAUACGACCAGAAAAGUGCAUUGAAUACCUCCAAGACGUGCUGAAAACGGUGGAACAGGUUGAGGCUCAGACUAACACGACUAAGUACUGGGAUGACAAGUUAUGCACUGGCGUAAACAUAAGCAACUUCUUUAGGAAGAUCAUGGAACUGACCAAAAAUCUUGACUCAAAAGACGUGUUUAUGGUACAGUAUUUGAUUGCAAAGCUUGUUAGUGUGGUUGGACCUAGAGAGUUCCCUGAAAAACAUAAGAUUAAUGCGUGGCUUCAGGUUAUCACAAAAACCGUGAAAAUCCAACCUAUACUAGCUAAUGUUAUCGUCCAGAGCAUACCUGAUCUUUUACAGAAUCUUAAUGAAAGAUUCAUACCAUCAUUUCAAUCUGAACAUGCACGUAAAGAAGAGCUAAACGUGUAUGUAUUUGACUGUAUCAAUGCAGGAGCGACAGUUGAAUUGUCCAUUUGUGUUGGUCAGCUUCUGAACAAUUUGCAAGCAUCUGGGGAAGCACAUGAAAUGUUCUUUUUGAAAAUUGCCCUAUUGUCGCUUCAAUAUCAUUGGCCUACAAAGAGGUUUAAAACCCCUAUUGUAGUGACGAAGCUUCGGGAAUUUGUUCAGUCAACAGAAGUGUUGUGGAAAGAAUUUCAAGUAAAGAAAGAGAAAGGGAUAAUCCAGCUCGAGGCGUUUCUUAUCCAGACCCUUCUGACCUCUGGCCAGUUCGAUGAAGGAAAUAAUUCAUCAGAAGAUGAAUUGUCUGAGAUAACUAGGGAUAUUAGGCAGGUGUUAUCACCCGAAUUAAACAAAGUCAUGAACGAUUAUGCCACUCAUUCACCUUAUCAAUGGGUUGAGAUCCUUACUACUACUGCUGAACUAGCAAAUGGGAACAUGGCAAGUUCUAAGGAAAAAGAAAUGGACAUCGGAGAUUUGAAAAGCAUACUUGGCUCCCAAGACAGAAAUUCACAAUUAGAUAGAUCACGUAAAAUAACCAAUUCAGAUCUCCCCGCACAAGAAAAUUUUUCAGAUAUUCUGAAUACUCUUGGCUUAGACAUGUACUAUCCAUCAAAGAUUACCCUCUUGGAUGUCACGGUCAUUAAAAAGGCCACUGGGCCCCUCAAGCUGGUUGACCUUCCCUGGAGGAUUAUACACAAAAUCCUGAUGAUUGAUUUUCAUGCAAGAGACGAAUUUUUGCCAAUGGUGAGCAAAUCACGAAAACAAGAGAUAUCUAAUGCAUCUAAUGAGGGAGGUCAAUUAGACUUUGAAGCAAUUCUUCGUAAAGUGAAAGACACUAGUGAUGGCGGAGGUAAGAUAAAACAUCUUAACACUUUGGAUGUACUGGUGGCAACAUUUACUUGCUGCGACAACUUUCUAAAACAAACACUUGCUCAAAAGAUGUUUGUUUGCAAACUUGCCAUUCCUUUUCUUUACCCUCUAAGAUCAGAAGGAAUUAUGGGGAUGUCACUAUGGGCACUCAGGGCGAUAACUGUUCAGUGGCAAACUAACGAAAAUGUAGUUUCCGAAGCGUCAGUGACAGAAAAACCUUUCCCAUUGGUGACGUUUGUCAGAUUGGGCAGGCCACCGCUUUCUAAGUCCAAGCUAGUUAAUGAUAUCAUUAGGGAUGAAAGCCAUGACACCUUUUUCCAUCAUGAUUGCAACAGUGGUACCAUACCGAGAAGGAUUACUGAUGGUCUUGUGGAAUGUUCCUGGUUCAUAUCAGGGGGAAAGGAGAAAGAACACCUACCAGCCACAACAAUGCUCCUAAAUCUGAGAGGCGAUGGCUCGUUAAUGAUAAAACAGAUGCAAAUCUUGCAGGAAAUAUCAUCUGUAAUGUUGGUCAUGGCCACUGCUAAGGACCUAGCAAGAGCCCCAAACACUAACACAUGUCAACAGAUUUUGAAAUCUAGAUGUAAUGUCAUCCUCUUCGUGAUUAGUGAGUAUAACAAACAAGGUAAACAGGAACUAAGUAAGGAACUGCGAGCAGGUUUCAAGGCAGUUGGCCAUGGUCUUUUGAAAGGAGUUCCAAUUAUUCUAUCGAGCACAUUCCAAGGUAGUAAGAAAAAUGCCAGUGAGCUCAAGACUGAAAUUCGAGUAGAGCUCUCAGAGCUCAUUGCUGGUUGUUCUGCUAUAUCCAUAGAAAAGUAUGCUCGACGUGCGAAGGAAUUUGGGGUCAUGAUAGAUGAGUACGAUGGUGAAGCCUGCUUGAAAGGUAAGCGCUUUGCAGAAAAUGUUGUCAAACACUUGAAAGGUAUAGACAUCGCUGACUGUAAACGCCUCCUUCUUCCCCUGCAGGGUGCUGAAUGGAUUGAUUACUGCAAGCUGGUAAAGAUGCAUCACAGAACAAGUGGCAAGGGUUCGCAGUCGUCAUCAGAAUACCAUGCUGAUAGGAUGAAACAGAAGAUCGACCUUCUUCGUGAAAAACAAGUGGAAAUAUGCCACAACAGACUCAGUCCUUUCAUUACAGACUUUAUGUCAACUCUGAAUGAGGACCGUGAGAUUGUAAUGUAUUUCCUAAAAUGGAUGACCAUCCUAUUCGACGAGAAAUCGAGGACCUACUUGCCAGGUUUGCGCAGGAGAUAUCACGAGGUAUGGUUAGAGUUCCAGGUGGCAAAGAAAAUACAGAGGAAUGGAGACUUGCAGGACUUGAAACAAAAAGUGGAUUUAGUAGAAAAUCAGCUGGCCCGUGCAUCACUUGGAGUGGAAAAUCUUUUCAGAGAACUAGGACAGAUUUACGAGGCAAUGAAAAGCAGCAAAAUAGGAAAAAAUACUAAGGCAGUCGUAGAGAAUCUGCCAGAAAUAGCAGCAAAUUUGCUAUUAAUUGGCAUCCCCUUGGAGUUGGUAGAUGGAGACGCAUCAAGUGUACCUAUUGAAUGGGUGAGCGCAGUGCUAUGCAAGCUUGAAAACAUUAUCGGCGAAAAGAAACUUUUUGUCAUCGCUGUCUUAGGCAUCCAGAGCUCUGGAAAAUCUACACUUCUAAACACCAUGUUUGGGUUGCAGUUUGCUGUCAGUGCAGGCAGAUGCACAAGGGGAGCAUACAUGCAGCUCAUACCAGUAGAAGAAGACGCAUAUCUGCCAUUCAGUUAUGUUGUUGUGAUUGAUACAGAGGGCCUCCGGUCACCAGAGCUAGAACAACUUAAUUACGACCACGAUAAUGAGCUGGCAACCCUCGUAAUUGGACUGGGAGAUGUAACCAUGAUCAACAUAAAAGGAGAAAACACGACCGAAAUUAAAGACAUUCUACAGAUUGCAGUGCAUGCAUCCUUAAGAAGGAAUCUGGUCAGGAAACACAUCCGAGACCACGCAACAUGUAUAUUUGUUCAUCAGAAUGUCCCAGCAGCUAACGCAGAAGAACUGAUGAUGCAUGGAUGCCAGAGGCUACAGGAGGACUUAGAUGAUAUCACCAAAGAGGCAGCCCUUAGUGAGAGCAUAGCAAACGUUAACAGUUUCUCACAGAUUAUCAGCUUUGAUGUCCAAAACCACGUUUGGUACUUUUCUGAUCUCUGGCAUGGCGAUCCACCCAUGGCCCCUGCAAACCCUGGCUACAGUGAAAAGGUAGAUGCAGUCAGGUUUAACCUUUUGGGAGAGAUUGCAGAGGGGCAGAAAACAUUUCUGACAACUUCAGAUCUGGCAAUUCGCCUUAAUGAUCUAUGGAAUGGGGUCCUUGCUGAUGACUUUGUAUUUAGCUUCCGUAACAGUCUUGAGGUGAAAGUCUACAAUGGUUUGCAAUCGAAGUACUACACUUUGGAAUGGGAUAUGCAAAAUAAGAUGAAAUAUUGGUUGCUGACCGCAGAGACCAAGUUGAAGAUGUGUGUAACUGUGAAUGACCUAGAAAGUUCCUUUGUGUCUCUUAAAGGAGAACUCUUACGAGUUCUGAGUGAAAAAGCCAUGGAAAUUGAAUUUCGUCUGAGAGAUUACUUCGAAGAGAGUAACCUACAAGGAAUAGUAAUCCAGUGGCAGCAUUCCAAGUUCAACCAAUUCGACUCAGCAGUACAACAACAACAAUAUGAAAGCAAAGCAGAUCUGCUCUCAAUAAAAGAAGCACGCCGAGUGGAAAUCUUGCAGACUCAAAAGUGGUCAGAGCAUGAGGCAUACAUCAUGGACAAAGCAGUUGAAUUGGCAGACAAACUGAAAGGCAACGAAGCGAGUAAUAAUGAACUGGAAAAGAGGUUUGAUAUCAUGUGGAGAUUAAUGGUGCGCGAACUGGCAGCAGAGACUGAAGACACGAAGCUGCAAAUGGAUAUAGUGAUGGAAGAAAUUCUUCGCAUAAGAUUUUUUUCACAUAGAGCCGUUCUUAAACUUGAGCUAAAGCAAUCUCCUCUGAGUUCUUCACUAGAGCAGAUGUCCUUGGAAAACAGUAUCACUUAUGGUGAUAUUUCAAACGAACACAUCUGUUUGAAAGCCACUCGAUGGGAAAAUGGCAAGAACCUUGUUGGUUUCGGCGAUAAUUUACGGGCCGCCAAGCAAAUGACAGUUGUGCUGACAAACAGAAUCUUCAAAGAAAUCGACACUUAUUUAAAAGGUCUGUCUAAUCAGGACGUAAAAUUCCAAAAGGGUCAUGCGACAGAGGUCAUACAAAAGCUUGUAACGGAAAUAGACGCUUACAAUCAAGAAGCACUUAUGUCUAAAAAUUACAAUUUCACGAUUCUCCCCGACUAUGUGGUAAAAUUAGCAGUUCAUGUAAGCCGUCACUGUGUCCAGGUGUUCAGCUUGAUGCAAUCUGAGUAUAACAGCAAAUAUGGCGUAAAGGCAAAAAUACAAGACUACAAGAACACCGCCUUCAGUCUUUUCAAGAACCAGGUCAAACAGAGCACUGAAGAGGUCGUGGCAGGUGACCUCUUGUGCACACAUUUGAUGAAGGUUGUAGAGGAGGCGGUAAAGAAGGCAAUUCCGAGACAAUGCGUAGAUGAAGUUCUCAGAGACUUCCAGAUGAGCAAGUACCACCUGAUGGUGAAAAUUAUGGAAGACCUGGCUGUGAAAGCAAACUUCAAGGAAUACGAAUCCUUCAUCAAUAAUGCCGAAGCAUUUGCUUUUAGAUGGAUUACCGAGUACACAAAUGAGAAGAUGUUUACGAGAAAAGAUGGAGAUGACAUGUCUCGGUACGCACAGUUAGCUGCGUGUCAUAUAAAAAAUAUCAUAAAAUGUAUUACCAAAAGUGUCAAGUAUGCAACUGCUGAGGUCGAAGGGGGCAAAGGCAUGAGGAUGCCAAUGUGGAUUGAAAAGUUCUGCCACAAACUCUCGGCGAGAAUAGCGGUACCAGUCAGCACUCUUAACUGUGUGAGUGCUCGACCAAUAGUUGAUUUCAAGAAUAUGCAAAGGGUCAUUCUUGAUAAGUUAGAUGAACAGGAAAAUAAUCUGAUGUGCAGCUUUGCCAAUGAAACAGCAAACACUAUUGCUUGGGACGGGAAACCCCCACCACAGCAAAUUCUAGACAAGAUUUGGGGUUGUACUGAGAAGUGCCCAUUCUGUGGGGAGCCAUGUGCAGACACCACACCUGACCAUUAUUCAUUAUAUAAGAGAAGUCACACGUGUGUGCAACACAGACCAAAAGGAAUAAAGGGAAUUUUCUGGCGUAGUGACUCUAUUCGUGAUGGCAUCAUAGUCUACAAGAAACAGCUAAAUCACGAAAGCUGCAACUAUUCCGUACAGCAAAAGGAACUUGAAUUCUCGUGCCAUGCCUGUAAUUUCAAGUGCCGAAAAUAUGGAAAAUGUACAACUACUGGCACAAACUGGGUGUCCCACAAUAAUACAGAGUACAAGACUUAUCUUCAGGACUGGGACAUAGCUCCUGAUCCUACCAACAGCGUAUCAAAAUAUUGGAUGUGGUUUAUGGCGACCUACCAACACCAGCUAAGGGAUAUGUACAACGUUCGAUUACCGUCCAUACCCGUUUCGUGGAGGACAAUUACAAAACAAGAAGCCUUAACAGACCUGCGCAAAAUCCACCACUAG